CAGUACCAUUUCCUGGAGCAAUCUCACAGGGUGGUUCCACUUUCCAUUUGUGCUCAAAUACUUUGCUGCUUCCUCUGCAGCUGCCAGACCUGCUCCUGCUGCUGCUCGGGAGAGCAUCUGGGAGCACCUUGCUGACCACUGAGAAGACGAUGAGCUCAAGCUAUUGGAAUGAGACAAGCAGCAGCAGCUGUGGGACUCAGCAGCCCCCAGAGGUGCUGCAGGGCCAGCCCCAGCAUUACCACUGCUACCAUCAGUCAAGCCAAGUCCAGCAGCCACCAGAAAAAAAUGUAGUGUAUGAGCAAGUGAGGACCUACAGUGGGCCUAUGAACAAGGUGGUUCAGGCCUUGGACCCCAUCAGCUCACGGGAAGUGCUCUCCCCUCUCAAAACUGCCUCCUCCUACCAAAACUUGGUUUGGAGCGACCAUUCUCAGGAACUCCAUUCUCCAACUCUGAAAAUAUCCACUUGUGCCCCAAGCACUCUACAAAUAACCCAAAACACGGAACAGGAACUCCAUUCUCCCACAGUGAAAGUCACUACAUAUCCACAGACCACUAUUAGGAGAUACAUAGUACAAAAUCCUGAACAGGAACCACUGUCUCCAUUCUUAAGAGGAGGCCAUUUCUUCCCAGGAAACAAUGUUAUUUAUGAAAAAACAAUAAGAAAAGUGGAGAAGCUAAAUACGAAUCAGGAAUGCUAUCCUCAGGUUCAAUGCCAUCAUCACAUUGUCCAACAGCCUCAGAUCAUCCAUUGUCCACACUGUCAGCAAUCCCAUUCUAGCUCGCAAAUCCAAACCAUCACAGGAAGUGAUUCAAUUUCUAUACAUGCUGGAAAUGAACUGUGCCGUGGUGGAUCAAGCCAAACACAUGAGCAGGUGAUAAUUCAAGAUGAUGGCCCUGAAAAAUUGGACCCCAAAUAUUUUGGAGAGUUGCUUGCUGAUCUGAGCCGUAAAAAUACCGAUCUAUAUCACUGCUUAUUAGAACAUUUGCAGAGAAUUGGAGGAAGCAAACAGGACUUCGAGUCUACAGAUGAGUCAGAAGACAUUGAAUCUUUGAUUCCUAAAGGAUUGUCAGAGUUUACCAAACAGCAAAUUCGCUAUAUUCUGCAGAUGAGGGGUAUGUCUGAUAAAUCACUCCGGCUAGUGCUGUCCACAUUCAGCAACAUACGGGAGGAGCUUGGACAUCUUCAAAAUGACUUGACAUCACUUGAAAAUGACAAGAUAAAACUUGAGAAAGACCUGGCAUUCAAAGAAACUCAAAUAAAAGAGUAUGAAGAACUCUUGGCAUCAGUGAGAACAAACAACCGCCAGCAGCAACAAGGACUUCAAGACUCAACCUCAAAAUGCCAAGCAUUGGAAGAAAGCAAUCUCUCUCUUCGACACACACUAUCAGAUAUGGAAUAUAGACUAAAAGAACUGGAAUACUGUAAGCGUAAUUUAGAGCAAGAGAAUAAAAAUCUUAGAACACAGGUUUCUGAGACUUGCACAGGCCCGAUGCUGCAGGUUAAAAUGGAUGAGAUUGGCAACCAUUAUAUGGAGAUGGUAAAAAAUUUAAGAACGGAGAAAGAUAGAGAGAUCUCCAAGCUAAGGACUCAAUUAAAUCAGUACCAAAAAGAUGUUUCAAGAAGAGAAGGAAGUUUCAGUGACUUCCAGUUCAAGCUUCAUGAACUGACAAGCUUGCUGGAAGAGAAGGAUGCUCUUAUAAAGCGUCAGUCAGAGGAACUGUCGAAGUUGAGACAAGAAAUAUAUUCAUCUCAUAACCAACACUCCAGUGGUGGAAGGACUACUAUUACCACUAAAAAGUACAGGACACAAUAUCCAAUCCUAGGCCUCCUGUAUGAUGACUAUGAAUAUAUACCACCAGGUAGUGACACACAGACUAUUGUGAUUGAGAAAACAGAAGACAAAUGGACUCGUCCAUGAAUGAAUCUCCACCUAAAAGGAGUUUUUAUGUGUCUGCAUUAGUACUUUGUUAUUUUUCCAUAACUAAAGGCCAAUCAAAAUUUUGAACCAUGCUACGACCCAGCAAAUAUAAUGGAAUGAAUGAGUUCUGCAGAUGACAGUUCCUCCAGCCAUUUAUGAGGCCUGAAUCCUUUCCAUCACAUUUUGGUAUUCAAUAUAGCAACAGACGGUUUGUUUAAACUUCAAUUGCAGACACUGUAGGACAUAAUCCACUACUUUUCAAUAGAGUGCUUCUUAGACACUGAAUUAAUUUGUUGGGGUAGAGAUUUUACAAGUUAUUCAAUUAGAAUAUUUUCUCUUAUAUUAGAUGUGCAAUUCAGCUACUGUUUUUAACCACAAAAAGAGGCGGAAGACUAUUGAAUUUAAAAAAAAGACAGUUUAACUAGUGCAUGGUACAUAGGUAUAUAAAAUAUAAAAGCAUAUAUUUGCUUUUCUCACAUUAAACCUUGUGACUAAAAUAGAUGCUUUAUUGCAUGCUAUUUAUAACUCUUGGAGACAUAACUAAAUCAAAGGUGAUGGUUAAUUUCAUUUAGCAGAGAAGUGGGAUAAUAUGUUUUUAAAUAACUAAAUCCACUAUAGUGUACAUUAUGCUAUUAUAGUUCUAAGGACAUAUCAGUGGCUUGGAAAAUCUGUUCUUUCAAAGCAUAUCAUCCCCAAAUGAGCCCACUCAUUUCCUUAGAAACAUAUAACACUAUAUUGUAGUAGUGGGUGGAAGGAAGGUGGGCUUUUUUUAUAGCGGUAUACAAAACAUAACAUUGAAAUAUUGCAUAAGGCUUAGGGAAUAAAAAUAGCAACAACAAAUACUCGAUAUCUAUAUCCUACUUGGGAGAAAGAAAUUUUAUAGUAGAGUAUUUGAUUUACUUAGAAGAUGGUUGAUUAAUUGGGUUCUAAUGAUGUUACAAAGUGAACACAAGUAUUUUCUAAAUACUAUAGUAGAUAAGAAGGAAAUGUCUUAAUUUCAACUCCUCUGGUUAAAGUUAAGAAUUAAGUAAAAAUGAAAAUGUUUGAAUUUUACACAGUAUAGAUUAAGGCAACAAAUAUAUUUGGGUGACAUGUGAAUGAGGUUUUGCACUGAAAUAUCUCUGCAAAUAUCUAUAUAGAAUUCUGUCAUGCUUUGUAAUUAUAUUCUAAUAAUUAUUCAUUAUACCAAGAAACUGUUAAGAUAGGAACAGAUGAGGCACUACACUAAAUCAAACCAUAAAUGAGGAGAAAAAUGCUUUUAAUGCUCUCCUAUAAAUAAUCAAAUAAGUCUGGAUAUGAAGCUAAAAGCGUUUUUCUUAUCUUAAUACUUUGACUAAAAUGUUAAGCUCUGAUGUGGGCUGAUACAUUUUCACUUUCAUCAAUAUUUUGUGAUAGAAAAUGUUAAUAUUCUUCAUGAGCUGUAUAGUCCUUACAUUUUUUCCCUUGGUGUAGGAACAGGGCACUUUCUCCUCCGCUAACUACUCAUGUAUGUGACUGUAACAAAAUCAUGCCAUGUUAUCUACCCAUUACGUAAGAUAUGAAUGGAAGUUUUUAGUAGCCUAAUAGAAAACUGCCACCCUAUCUGUUUGAAAAUUAGAAUGUGUGAUUUUCCCCAAAAUACUCUUAAAUAAAAAUAAAUGUCCAAAAUUGGGGGCAGUUAAGAAGUCAGCACUUCAUUGGCUCACUUGAUCCAUGCAUACUGAGUGAAUGGGGGUCAUAACAAAGUGAUUAUAGUUAACAAAUGGAAAUGAGUGUAUUUUUUUUUUCGAAUUUGUGAUUAAGAUCAAUAGAAAUAGUAGUGAUGUUUUUCCCUCUCACAAGUUUCACACAGCUUCUCUCUGAAAAUUGCAAAGAUAUUGUCAGGUGAGGAAUGCCUGUUUAUCUAAUUUCUAUUCCAAUAUGUUUCACUUUAGAUGUUGAAUAAAAUAGAGACUGUGCAGUGACAUGCAAAGUAAUUUAAGUGUCUAAAUAAAAUAUGUGAAGUAUCUGUA